GAAGCAAUCUGCAGUCAGAAACUUUGAUGUUUUACUCUAGUCCAAGAUACCAGAACUGCUUCAGUCAAAAAUAACAACUGUGCAAAAGGACAUCCUUGAGCCUUCAAACCAGGCUUCAGUUUUUCUUGACUCCUCUAUUUAGUUUGAACAUUGCCCAUUACCUAAUCAUAAUUGCUACAAAUUAUAGUUAUUUUGUGUGCAGAUGAGCGAAACAGGCAGAGAUGUAGAAGUGGCCAUAUGGUCUAAAGGGAUUAUCUAAAUUACCAAUAUCAAAAUCAGUAUGUUCUCUCCCAGCCUCAAAAGUUGCAGUCUUACAUUUAACUAGUGUGGGAAAAAAAGUCCCAAUUAGUAGAAAUAGCGACGUUUUUUUAGGCAGGCAACACCAGUAUUUUUAUUACCAUUUUGUAUAACUAGGUUUAAGCAAAACAAUUGUAAACAAUACAUUGUGUUGCAUUGAACAGGCGUUGAUAUUUCCUGAUUCUUUUUGUAGUCUUGGUUUCUGAAUCCUGAAUUUUGAAGUUUUGUUGUGUGUGUUAAAAUACAGUGUAACUGAAACCUUGUUGUGAAGACUGGAAUGAAGUCAAAUGAAUCUUCCAUCUUCAGUAGUAUGCUUGAAUGACCUCUCUCUCGGUGUGCAGUCCUAGCAAAAAUUAUCUUUUCUGAGCUGAAUUCAUUGUAGGGUUUUUUGACUUAAAAUUUUUAUUAUUUAUUUCAUAGACCUGAAAAUAAAGAUUUAAUACUGGAUACCUAUCCUGGUGCCUUACUUACACACCAUCUCUAUUACCCACCUUAAUAUGUGUGAGCUAAGCUGAAAAAUCCCAUGUGCUGUCAGUUUAAAGUUGAAGGUGUGCAGCAUCUUGUGUAUUUUAGUUUAAUCUCUUCAGCAAAUAUCCAUUUUCUAAAUACGAAUCAAAAGUUUGUUUUGGUUAGUGAAUGCUACAAUCUGUCUUCCUCAUAUAGCAAGUUAGUCUCCAGUGCAUGAAUUUACAAACUGAGGAAAAAAAAUACAUAUAUUUUAAUAAAAAUUCAAUUAAUAGCAGUGUGGUGUCAUGAUGGUGUAUUCUUGUUUUCCUUUUUUUUUUUGAACCACAGGCAUUAAUUCCUUAAGACACCAGAACACCCUUUAAGCAUGAUACUUUGGCUGUGUGGUUUGACUUUAUUGCAGCUUUUGCAGAAAGUCUCACGUGGGGAAUUUUUGUAACCAGUUUCAUUGUUCCCAAAGCUUUACUAGUAUUUUAUUGCAGUGGUACAAGAUGUGUUCUGUGUAAAGCACCCACUGUGGACCCUUGCAGUUAUGAAAUAGGCACUCACCUUAUAUUUUCUGCCCAUGCAUGUUUGGCUCCAAGCACUCAGAAAGGAGCAGUGAGCUUUGUGUUGCAGUCCUGUCACUUCUUUCUUGUUUUUCUGUUGUGUUUAUAAAUGGUGUGGUAUUACUCUGCUGAGACCAUCAGAAGUAAUUGUGCCCUAACAUUACCUAUCUUGUUUUUGCAAUUUGCUGGAAUAUGAAUCUGAAAAGAUUGAGAUACUGACAAAACAUGAAGGAACCUCUGCCUUUCUAAUUAAAAUUAUGAAGUAGAUGGGCAGAUGCUGGUUGCUAGUGACAAGUAAUACUAUUAAUGUACUUGCAGCUCAAAAAAAAAAUUCAAAAUAAGAAAAUACUUUUCCCAAAUGAGUUUAAAAACCAGUUUCUUCAAAUCUAGCAAACAUCAUCAUAGGCUUUUUCUCAAUCUAAUGGACCUCUAAAACUUCUCAGACUCAUUUUGCAUCAAAAUAAUAUUUUCUUCAGCAGAAUCUAAUCCUGACAUAUUUUGAGUAGGGAGGGACAGAACAUAAUGACAUGUGUUUUUCUUUUGUUUCAAAUGUUUGCUGUUAAUAAGAGCUUUCAUCUCUGAGGUAACAGUAGUUUGAAUACAAUACCUGCAUCAAGCCACCUGGAACAUUCAUUUACAGUUCUGGAGAAUGAGAAUUGCUCUAAGCACAUCCUGUAAUGUUUAUAUGGUUCUACCAAGUAGGUAAGUCAGCAGAUAGCAGAUCCUAGCCUGAGUGGGGGCAUACCUAAGUUAGGUAUCAUUUUGCUUAGAAUCACCUUAUGGAAGGGAUCUAUAAGAUAUUAGGUUAAAGAAAUAGGGUUUGCAGGUCAGCGUGUUUAGCUCUUAAAUAUAUUGCUGAAACAACCAAGUUGUCAUGAAUUACUUUUUCUAAGUCAGGUCUGUCUUCUAUGAAAUUCAAAACGUAGGAAUUCAGUAAAUAAUUUUUUAGUGUUACCAAAGAACUCGUACUAUGUUUAAUACUUACAUUCUUUUUGGAUUUUCUUCAUCUGGACUAUAUGUUAAGGUACAUAUCUUGAAUAUAGUUUAUGUAAGUAUAAAACAAAAUGAAAAGAAGAAAUAAAAAUUAAACCAAAAAACCCCCCAACAAACAAAUGAAAACACACAAAAAACCAAUGAGCAAUCCCCCCUGCUCCCUCCCCCAUCAAAAACAUGAAAGGGGAAAGAGAAUGUAAAUGGAUAUCGCAAGAGAUCUUCCUACAUCCUUUGAAAGCUGUUCCUUGGUGCUGGGUUCAUUAUUUUUAAAAAAUAAUUCCUACCACCUAAGUCUCCUGAAGAGACUAGUUGGUUUUUAGCCUGAGAAACUUUGAAAUUCCACAUCAUUCCCAAAUACUUGAACUGGAAACUGUACCUAUCAGUGCGAUUAGGUGUCCGUCAUACCUGAGGAAGUUUUCAAAAUGCUUCCUCAAAACAGUCAGAAAUUAUGCUUUUAUUUUAGACCAGGUGAUCUUCACAAUGCUUUGAAAGUACUGUCUGUAUCUAAAAUUGAUUCUGCUUUUAAAAUAAUGCAGUUAAGUGAGUUGUGAAUUGAAGAGUGUCCUUUAAAAGAUAGUCAUUUUAGUGUUUGAAGCAUUCUUUAAAUAACUUAGCUCUGAAUAAAAUGGCUGAGUAGCGCAGAAGUGUGUACCAUGUUUAAAAGAAAACAAUCACUGCAAGCUGGACAGGUGGUUUUGGAAGCCAAACUCCUGGCCCCAUCUUCAGCAGUAAAGCGAAUUAAAAGUAACUUUCUAGAAAUAAUUUAGUAGUGAUGGUCUAAGGAAUGAGAUAUAAAAAACCAACUAAUUUAGAAUAGGUUGAUAUGCCCAUUGUGUUUGUCAAAACACCUCAUACUGCUGUGGAAGAUUGCAGCUGCUGAUGGGUUUGUGAUGAAUGAUGACAAUCAUAUUUGUAGGCAAGCAAGGAUAUUAUCUUGCAAGAAAAAUUUCCCCACAUUUUCAAUCAAAUUUACUGUUUCUGAGAAUUGCUGGAUUUUUGGUUUUGUUUUUUAACAUUCAUAAGAACUUUUAUAGUAAUCUGAAAAGAAGCGUGGUAGGAUUUGGAAGCAAGUUACACAAACACAGUGAAGUUUGAUAGUCUCUUGGACUACUGUAAGAAGCAAAAAGUUAAAAAAUAAUACCUCUUGGGAAGAUCAUACCAUGUUGUAAGGCUGGAGAUGGAUGUAAAGCAGCAAAGAAAAUCACUUAUUGGGUUUAUGGUAGGUUGUGGUAGAUGUGAUGAUUGGUUUCAUGGUGAUUGUGUUGGACUGAGCCUUUCUCAAGCACAGCAGAUGGGUGAGGAAGAUAAAGAGUAUGUAUGUGUGAAAUGCUGUGCUGAAGAAGACAAAAAAAUGGAAUGUUUUGAUCAAAAUGUACCAGAUACUCAAGUGAAACUUGAGCAUAAAGAAGAAAAAGUAAUUGAGUGUGAAAAAGUGGGGGUGUCAAAGCAAACACCUAUUUGUAAUCUAAAUACAACGACUGAAAAAACAAAGCCAACAGAGGACACUGGGAAGCACAAAGUCAAAAUCUUCAGACGGGAAUCUGGGGAUGGGAAGAAUUUGCCAGAGUCCAGAGACUCAGAUACUAAAAAAGGGCAGCAUGUUCCUUCUCGGAAGGGAUCACAAACUACUGCAACUCCUCGGCGGUCCCCUGAAGAUAAAAAUGAAAAAAUAACUAAAGAAUCCCUUAGUACAAUGGAAAGGUCCACAAAAUCAGGUGUGCAUGAGAAACAAGAAAUUAAGAAAAAGAAAAAUGAGAAGGGAUCCAUUAGUGCAACACACCUGCCAGCUGUGCCAGCUUCCAAGCCUUCUGCUGAUCAGAUAAGACAAAGCGUUAAGCAAUCUCUUAAGGAAAUUCUUAUGAAAAGAUUGACAGACUCCAGUUUAAAGAUUCCUGAAGAGAGAGCAGCAAAAGUUGCCACAAGGAUUGAAAGAGAGCUAUUUUCUUUUUUUCGAGACACUGAUGCGAAGUAUAAGAACAAAUACAGGAGUUUAAUGUUCAAUCUCAAAGAUCCUAAAAAUAAUAUACUAUUUAAGAAAGUACUGAAAGGAGAGGUUACUCCGGAUCAUCUAAUAAAAAUGAGCCCAGAAGAACUCGCUUCCAAAGAGCUGGCUGCUUGGAGACAGAGAGAAAACAGACAUACAAUUGAAAUGAUUGAGAAAGAGCAGAGGGAGGUUGAAAGAAGACCUAUCACAAAAAUUACUCACAAAGGAGAAAUAGAAAUUGAAAGUGAGACACCAAUGAAAGAACAAGAGGAAGUAAUGGAAAUUCAGGAACCUAAUACGAAAUUGUUUGAGAAGUCAGAAGAAGCUGAAAAGGAUAAAGAAAUAAAUGAAUCUGCAUCUCCGGACACCACAAGUCAACAUAAAAAUCAUCUCUUCGAUCUAAACUGCAAAAUCUGCAUAGGCCGAAUGGCACCACCUACUGAUGAUCUGUCAGGGAAGAAGGUGAAGGUGUCUGUUGGGGUUGCACGGAAGCAGUCUGACAAUGAAGCAGAGAGCAUUGCAGAUGCACUCUCCUCCACAUCAAGUAUUUUAGCUUCAGAAUUACUGGAAGAUGAUAAGCAAGACUCAUCAAAGUCAUUCACACCUCUCCCAAAGUCAGAAACUCCUGGUACUGUGGAAUGUGAAAGUUUGUUUUUGGCACGCCUGAAUUUCAUCUGGAAGGGCUUUAUCAAUAUGCCUUCAGUAGCAAAAUUUGUUAUUAAGGCUUAUCCAGUUUCUGGCUCCUUUGAGUAUUUAACAGAGGAUUUACCUGAUAGUAUUCAAGUGGGUGGGAGGAUAUCUCCCCACACUGUCUGGGAUUAUGUAGAAAAAAUAAAAGCUUCAGGGACCAAGGAGAUCUGCGUGGUUCGCUUUACCCCAGUAACUGAAGAAGAUCAGAUCUCCUAUGCACUGUUGUUUGCCUAUUUCAGCAGUAGAAAACGUUACGGUGUAGCGGCCAAUAAUAUGAAGCAAGUGAAAGAUUUGUACCUCAUCCCUUUAGGUUCCUCAGAUAAAGUCCCUCAUCACCUUGUGCCUUUUGAUGGGCCUGGGAUUGAAAUACAUCGACCAAAUUUAUUACUGGGAUUGAUAAUUCGCCAGAAGAUGAAGAGGCAGAUUACUGCUGUUUCAAGUGUUACCAGUAGUUUUGCAGAUGAAGCUGCUGAAAGUACCUUGAGUAGCUUGCCACCAGAGAAGAAAAGCAAGCCAAACAAACCUGAAGUCUCACAUCAUGAUUUGGCACUAGAAGAAGAAGAGGAAAAUAAUUUUUUUAAUUCCUUCACAACUGUGCUACACAAGCAGAGAAAUAAACCACAGCAGUCUAAUGCAGAUGAUGCUCCAGCAGUUAUUGAACCAUUGGUGGAAAGUACCAAACAUGAACCACCAAAGCCUCUCAGAUUUCUUCCUGGAGUCCUGGUUGGAUGGGAAAAUCAGCCUUCUACUCUGGAGCUAGCAAAUAAACCAUUGCCAGUGGAUGAUAUUCUUCAAAGCUUGUUGGGUACGACAGGGCAGGCAUAUGAGCACAGCAAGUCAGAAGCAGGUCCUAGUGAAGACAUACCAUUAUUAAAUGAACAGGCAACCUUGAAAGAAGAAACCAUGGAUGUUGCUGAGGUAACUGCUGAAGUUGGUGAAGCAAAGACUGGUUUGGAUGAUCCUCAAGAAUCCACUAGUGCUGGUGCAACUGCAGAUGCAGCAGCUGUAGGGACCUCAAGUUCUGCAAGAAGUGCUGGUUCUUUGAUAGGGCUGAGUCUUAAGGGAAAACCUCCAGAUGUUUCCACAGAAGCAUUUUUAGCAAAUUUGUCUGCUCAGGCACAGAAUAAGGAAACUGAAGAAAGUAAAGAAAAUGACCCAAAGCGACAGAUACCGGACAAGGAUAGUGUUGCACAGGAAGUUAGAAGGAGCACAAAUUCCAGCUUUUCUUCCUCAUCAAAUUCAGGAAAAAAGCCCAGUGAGAACAAUGUUAAUGUAGGCUCUGCUGAGGGUACUACUCCUAAUACCUCUAAAUCACCACCAUUUAUUAAUCUUAAAAGAGACCCACGACAGGCAGCUGGACGAAGCCAGCAGACUAAUAUUUCAGAAAACAAGGAUGGAGAUAUUAGCAGAAAUGAAGACCGACAAAAUGCUUCAGGAAAUGAUCAAGGAGAACCAGAGAAUAAACAACUUUCUGGAGAAGGGGCCUUAAACCUGUAUCAAAGUGAGGCACAAACCACUGAGACACAGUUCAGUUCAGCUGGGGCUAAGGCUGAUAACGCAGUUGCAUCACAAGCAGAAGAUACCAAACACUCGCAGGAAGAUGGAUUGAUGCAAAACAUUGAAACAGUGAACUCAUUUAGAAGGGGACCAGCCGUAACUUCAUCUCAUUUUGAAACUGAAAACUCUUCUCGUUCUGAAUUUAUUUCCAAAGUCCCAAGCCCUAUUGCAAGUGGCAGCUUCCCAUCUGUUGGACCUCCACAGCAGAAUUUUCAGCAUUCUAAAUCUAAUCCACCUGGAUUUCAGUUUCAGGCUCCUGCACCUCAUAACUUCCCUCCACAAAACAACCCUAUGUUUGGAUUUCCUCCUCAUUUACCACCUCCACUUCUUCCUCCUCCUGGCUUUGGUUUUCCUCAAAAUCCGAUGAUGCCAUGGCCACCAGUAGCUCAUUUAUCAGGUCAGCCACCACAGUAUGCCGGACCCAUUGCACAAGGGCUACCAGUGGCUCACAAACAAUCAAGGUUUUUGGGACCAGAAAAUUUUUUUCAGAAUAAAGACAGUAGGAGACCAGAAAGGCGCCACAGCGAUCCUUGGGGUAGAGACGAACAGCAUUUGGAGAGAGGAUUCACUAGAGGAAAAAAUGAUCGACAAAGACUUUACAGUGAAACCCAUCACCAAAAAAAAGACAGACAUGAAAAAGAGUGGAGCAACGAAAAAUACUGGGAGCAAGAUUCUGAAAGAAACAGGCGCAGAGACAGAAACCAGGAAAAAGAGAGAGAGCGGAAGAGUAGAGAGGAAGGACAGAGAGACAAAGAAAGAGUGCGAUCCCCACACAGUGAUAGAGCUGCUGAUGGAAAAAGCCCCAGAGAGACUAGAAAUCCAGAAAAAAAGACAGAGAAGCCUAAAAGUGAUGAACAGGCUCAUGAAAAAGAUAAGGAGAGGGAGAAAAGCAAAGACAAGCAUAGAGAACGAGAAAGUGAAAAGAACAGAGAGAGACAUAGGGACCACAGUGACAGAACUAAAAGCAAAAGGUAAAAAGAUGCAGGCAGUCUUUUAAAAUCCUAUUUAAAUAAACUGUUAGAGUAAUGUUGUAAAAGUUUGUAUGACAAAAAAAAAGAAGAGAGCCUGCUAGGAUUGUGCCAUCGUUUUUUAUUCUGUGUUGGUGUUUUGCAGAAACAAGUCUGUGUUUUGGUACCACUCAAUGUACCAAUACUCAUCCUUCUUUUCAUUAUACCAACUGUCGCUAGAAGUAGGAGUUUAAUAUUUUAAAAAUUUUACAUUGCUGUAUAUUCAAAAUUUUAAAGGUUUCUUUUUAUUAAUAUGCAAUAAAGGCUUAGGAAUAUUCUUAGCUGAGGAAGUUGGCUUUAGUCAAGUCUGCAAUAUAGUUACUGCCUUUGGUAAUUUGUGCUCUCUUCUGUUUUAAGAUGCCCUGAUAAUUUUCAAGGUUGUUUUCAUACAAUACCCUUGUUUUUAAAUUGCACUGUUUUUAAAGACUGCAGCAAAGCCUCAGAAUCCACAUGUUAAACAAAAUGUAAUAUGCUUGGUGGUGUGAAGAGUUUGGGGUUUUUUUUAAAUUAUUCAGUAGUACAAUAAAAACUCAAGUAUAUUUCGUUAUAUUAUAUUUCAAGGUUUUCCUAAGCAUAUGAAGCAGUUUGUGACCAGAAAUUGGAAGGCUGAGCUGCUCGAAUGUUACUUCUUUAAACUGCACUUGUUUUAAUAAGAAAGCAUUUCUAACCUAAAUUCUUGAAAAUUAUUUGUAGUAGUAAAUUCAUUUCUCCCACCAUUAUCCAUGCUUCAAAAACUUGAAUACCUAAGCUUGUACAUUACUUUGUGUUUUGCUAUCCUUUUUACUGUAAAAUGUAAAUAUUUUAAGGGAUAUUUUGAUUCUAAAAUGAUAAAACUUUCUCACAUACUGUGUGUGUUUGAUUUCAUAGCUGUGAAACUGUAGGCUAAAUGAAUAUAUAAGGCUGAAUCGCAGAAUUCCACAUUUGUUGUACACUUUAUAGCUCGGUUUGUUUUGAGUUUUGGAGAACAAAGAUGGGGGAGAAGGGCAAAAGUGUUUGUACACUUGGGACUUCUGGUAACUUGGUAUUUUGUGGGCUACCAUCCACCAAUGCCAAACAACAUGCAAAUGUGAAAACAAAAUCACCUACUCUAAUACUUUUUAAAAUACACUGGGCAUAUUAUUGAGUCUGUCAGAAACAACAAAAAUAUUCCACAGUAUAAAGAAAAACUGAGGUUUAUUGUUCUGGUUUUCAGUGUUUUGUUUUUCCACUUUGAGUACACAACCUUACUAUGCUGCUGACAGAGCAUUUUGCACUUUGCUGUAGAAAAGCCUCUUCUAUCAAGAAAAGUGUUCCCAGUUUAACAACAUCGUAAUUGUUAGUUUUCAUUAUGAAUAUAUUUUAAGGUAAAUUUUUACUUGGAUACCUUGCAAGUAAAUUCGUGGUCAAAUUGGCUAAAAUUAAAAAUCUUGCACUGAAUAUAGGAGGUGGUAGACUUUUAUUAAGUGAUAAGUUUCUUCAACUCAUCGUUGAGAAGACUAAUUAAAAAAUUCUCAGUACUUAAAGUGACAUUCAAACAUCUUUAAAAUAAAAUUAGUCUUUUCCAAAUAAAUUCCAUAGUCUGUAAAGCAGGAGUGCUGUUGAAUAUAUCUGGUAGUAAUAUACAUGUGUUUUGUUGUUUAAAUAUUUGCACCAAGUUCUGUAGGUACAGAAAUGCACCAAAGCAUUGUUCUCAUGUUUGGAGUAAGUUUUAAAUUGACAGCUCUGCAUAUGAAGAUUUUCUUUUGAUCCAUUCAAAAGUAGUCUACUCCAUGGUCACUGGCGAUCUUCCUCUCACAUGUGCAUCCAUAUCUGCUCUGAAAAUAAACUGGAAGCAGUGAAAAUUGCAACUGCCUGUAUGGAAAGGAUUUGAAUGCUUUCCGCCAGAACUACCAGAAAUAACUUGUUUAAAAGAGUAUGUAAACAUUUUUCAAGUUUGCUGAGUGCUUUGCCACCUGCCUUGUGUAUGUAAAACCUGAAGAGAGCCACAGUAAAACAGCUCUUGAGGGAGAGUUUUGUUAAGUGUUUAACAAACAGCAAAAGUCUCGUCUUCAGGAUUUGUUCCUAGGAUGUGAGUUAGUGUAAUGGGAAUAAAUCCUGCUGCUACAGGAAUAAAGGAUUUUAUUUCU